AUGUCUCUCCGUCUUUUUCCGUUCGGACUGGAGCUGGGGAAGCACGUCUGGAGGCCCGAAAAAGCCAGAGCCGUACGAGGGGGUCCGCUCAAGACGACACGAGGCCAGCUCCAAAAGCGCCGGAGCAGUCCAGAGGACGUCGACGACGUCACGAUCACGCUCGCGAAGGCUGCUUCGGCUCUCUACGACCUGGAGCGCCUCAGGGCCGAAGCGGACGUGGCGCUCGCCACGACGGUCACUGCAUUUCUUCGAGGCGACCAGGAGGCGGCCAGGAGCGCCCAGAACGAGCCGAAUCAGGACCGAACCGGAGAGUUCCGCUCCGGAAAAGUGGCGGAUGAACCGGAAUUGCCCCCCGGUUCGAGGCCGGUUUACAGACAAUAG